AUGGACCUAACUCAGGCCCAGACAGGAACCUUAACCAAGGCCCAAAUUUGCAUCUCAUUGCUGGAUCCUCCUCCGUCGUCAUCGCUUCCACCGUAGUCAGAUUCUCCUCCGUCCGUCGCAUCGAACUCAGAGCAGAUCUACCGUAGCCGUUCUCGAGAGGUUGAUCGAUUGCUGCAAAGCAAUUAUUGUUCUUUCUUUCAAGCUCCAGGGCCUGCUAUCACUGCAAGGUAUUGCAUUCAAUCUCAGGACAUUUUGACACCUUUGGAUGGCUGAUACAGAAGGGGAGGAGCACGGAACAGGGAGGGAUGAGCUUGCUGACUCCUUAAAUGAUCUCUUCAUUAGCAUCUCAUCUAUGGUGAAGGGAGAGCUUCAGGGGGCGAAUAACUCUCUUGCACUGCUCGAGAAGAUGAACCUAAGAGUAGCUGAAGAGUACGAGAGCUUUGGCGAUGUGGCUUCUGGGCUGAAAGUUUUCGUCGAGCAGUUGAAGACUAAAAGUGGCAGCUUUGAUAUAUAUGUUCAACAAAUCGAUGCAAUAGAGCAGCAGGUGACUGAGUUUGAAGCUGUGAUCUCUAUGCUCGACAAAUACGUUUCUUUGUUAGAAUCCAAAGUGCAAUCUGUGUACCAGCAACAUCAUCCACCCUCUUGAGUCUUAAGUUACCUAAACUCUGUUUUCUACUGCAAUUCUUUCAAUUAAGCAGCAGCUAUUGCUCCCCACACUGCUACCAGUACUGCAACUCCGACGCUGCUGCAAAAUGGAAUCGAUCAUGCUUCUCACUGUAACAUUCGGCAGAAAAUCACCCUCGUCGACAUUCCUCGCCCCACAAGCACACGACUUGGAUCUCUUCACAUGGUCACUAAUGCAACCCUUACAGUAGCUCUGGAAACAGCAACUCUUCACGAACACCGCCUCUCUCAUGAUCCCUCUGCAUAAUGGGCAGUUAAGCUCCGCUGGCACACCCACCGUUGUUGUACCAUUGCUCUUGCUGCCGCCACUGUUGCUGCUGCUGGUUGUUAUCACGCUGGAAAACGAGGAGAUCCCUUCCAUCUGCCUGUUGAACUCGCUCUCGGCGGCUGCACUGGGAGCUGUUGACAGUGGCCGCAUUCUUUUCCGAUGAUCGUAACUGGGAUCGCCGUUGGUCGGACAGUCCUGAAUGAAGUGACCCUUUAUCCCACAUCGGUGACAGACGUAGCCGUUGGGAGGAGGCUGAGUAGAGUAAGGCGCUUUUCUCUUUCUUGUUGUAGUCAGGGUCGACUCUGCCGCCGCCGACCACAUUCCCAGAGCCGGAGUAUUCACCAACGCCAUGAUCUUGCUCUCCUCGUCUCUAUCAACUGCGGCCGGAGCAAUACUAUUCUUCUUCUCGGGAGCAAUAGUGUUCUUCUUCUUCUCUAUCGACGGCUUGGUCACUUGGGAAGGAAUAGCAUAGACAUCACCACCAAAAUCAUCGUAGUCGAGAUCUUCGAUUCCACUGGUCGUCGUGAUUACCGAAUCCGAAGCAGAGUAGGACUUGGUUUCUUCUUCUACAGACUUCACUUCUUCAACCGCCGGACGGAGAUCAAUCGUCGUCGUGUUCAGAGGUUGGCGGCGGCGGUCGCCUGGGAUCCGCCGGAGUAAAACGGACGAUUUGUCAAAGAUGAGCGCGUUUUCAUCGGAAUAAGUGGUAUUGGUUUGGGGAUCAAUGAUGGAGAGAUCGUGAUCCGUUCCCAAACAGCAACCGUUCCAGAUACUGCUACGUCGCCUGGUUUCCUGCUGGGAUUUGGAAUCGGCAGAUCGAUCUUUGAAAUUGGCUUUGAAAAUCGCCAGUUUCAGAUCCCCGACGGUUACGUAAGGUCCCUGUAUUUGGAUCUCGGAAAAAUCCCUAGAACUCAGGAAUUUGUACCGCACCGACGUAGUCAUCGUCGCCGCCAUUGUUUUAGGGUUUCCUUUUUUUUCUCUAAACCAGAUUAUGCCGAAAUCAAAAUCAAGCGUUGCAACGAAGGUAUAACGCAGCACACAGAGAACCAGGCAGAGACGGGUAUGAAUGAACGAACGAAUAACAAACACGAAAUCGGAAACGAUAGCGAGAAUCUUCCGUUCAGCAGAUCAAUAGUGAUAAUAAUCGGAGAACGAACAAUUUUUUUUUUUCACAAUCGGAGAAGCGGAAAAUGGCAAUAGUAAGCAAUUCUGUUGCAAACUAAGAAGCAAUUACAAUUUUUUUCAGAUCACGAACUUUGGAUCUGGGAAGCGCCGAGGAUACUGAUAUCCGUCGUCUGAAUAGGGCUUCGAUCGGCUUCUGAUGUCUCGCUGCAGCUUGCUUCAAGUCACCGUCGCCGUCGCCUUCGCCUUCUUCGGAUGAGAGAAACGCGAAUGGACCAGUUUCACCGGAUAAAGACGAGAUCGUCUUCUGAGAUUUGGUGAUGGCAAAAGAACGCAGCGGAAGUUUCUGGAGUUGGAAUUAGGAAGAAGUUGAAGGCUGAGUGAGUGGCUGACCGAGUCCGACGCGCUUGCGUGACACCCAAGCCAAAAGAAAUUAACCGUGUCCUUCCAGGAUUAGGAG